CUCUUGAUGACGUAUGCGGAAGUUCGGCGUUGCGAAGGCGGUCGUUACUUCGGCGCGGAUACACCGUGGCUUUAAUGCUGGUUUCUAACACGUCAAACAACCGAUGUGCGGGAUUUAGAUGUCGAGACGAUGAAAGUUGCACGUAUAUGUUUGUUGCUGCACGUUUUGUCGACAACCUGCGCGCUGGUCAACGCGUUCGAUCCCUUCACAACAACCCUUGUGAUCGGUGCCACUUCGAUCGUGAGCCGGACGGUCUACAAUUAUUUCCAUGAAAGUUGCGACCCGAAUUGGAUAGCCUUCAAUGCAACAGGUCUCGAGGCUGACCUGAGGAGUAAACUGUUUGGACAGCACAUCGCGUCACGCAUCAUCUUGAAAGCCGUGGAUGGGUUCAUGAACAAUGACAACCCGAAGAAGCCCCUGGUGCUUUCUCUGCACGGGUGGACCGGCACAGGGAAAAACUUUAUCAGCAAGCUGAUUGCUAACAACAUUUACAAGGAGGGAACCAAGAGCAGUUUUUUUCAUUUAUUUGCAUCCACGUAUCACUUCCCACAUUCAAGUCAAUAUGAGCACUAUAAGUAUCAGUUAAAGCAGUGGAUCAAAGGGAAUGUCACCAUCUGUGAACGCUCCAUGUUCGUCUUUGAUGAGAUGGACAAGAUGCAUCCUGGUUUGAUUGACGGCAUUAAGCCAUUCCUGGACUACUAUGAGAAUCUGGAUGGAGUUUCAUAUCGGAAAGCAAUCUUCAUCUUCCUCAGCAAUGCUGGGUCCGACAAAAUCGUCGAAACGGCUUUAGAUUUCUGGAAUUCAGCAAAAACUCGAGAGGAAAUCCAGCUGAGAGACCUGGAAUCCUUGCUCUCUAGGGCAGUGUUCAACGACCAACAAAGUGGAUUUUACCGUACAAGUUUGAUUGACAAGAACCUGGUGGACUUCUUCGUCCCCUUGCUGCCUCUGGAGUCCCAGCACAUCGUCCUGUGCACCAUGGCCGAGAUGAAAUCCAGAGGAAUGAAGCCGAACCAGCGUUUGGCAGAAAAGGUGGCCAUGGAUUUAAUCUAUUUCCCCAAAACUGAAAGGGUCUUCGCUGCGACAGGCUGCAAGACGAUAGAAAGCAAGCUGGACUACUACUUGUAACGUCCCCACGGGAUGGACGCUCCCUUCAAACACUGCACUUUUUUAAAUGAGAACCGCUCUCAGCCAAAUGACUAAAGAGGGGGAGUCAAGACACCUGUAGGGGGCUUCUUCAGAGGUUUCUGUGUGAGCCCGUAUCAUCUUCUAUGCUACAUCUCGCUUACACUGAAUGACGGGGCUAAUGGAAGCACACAGUGCCAGCUGAAUGAAGGAAACAAUAAGAUAAGACGGCCAUCCUUUGUAACGGAUGAAGAGGUUUCAUCUGUUUUUUUUAUGUCACACAUCAGUGAGUUUUAAAGAGGCCGUCAUUUUGCUGAUGUCUUAAAGGUGCCCUGAAACGAUGACACGCCCCUUUUUAAUGUGUAAUCUAUAUUCGUGGUUUCCUGGUUAACACUUGCCUUAAUUCUUACUGUCAUGAUUUUCGUAGUAUCUGCUGUCCUUUUUAUAAAGGUCCACGAGUUCAUUAAUCGUCGGACUGAAACUCUCACUGUUCAAAUACAGAACUAUAUGAUGCAAAAAAUUGUAUUGUAUGUCAUCGGCAUCACCAACAGACUUUUGAAAGUCAGAACAUUGCAAAAUACAGUAUGAGUGAUAUAGUACAUUAUUGAAAUUUUUGUUAACAUUAAUUAGGGGUAAUGAUACAGAACAUAUUUCCACACAAUGUCUGGAGGUGUGUAUGAACUCAGGAUAAUAUAACUGCAACACAAAAAAAUAAAGCUACCAAAAAAUAUUUUUAUCAUUAAAGGAAAUGCAGAUGUUUCACGAUACAGAAUUAAAAUGCUACUGUAUAUAAGAUGAAUUUUCCUUUUACUGCGAUUUUAAAAGGAGUAAAUAGUAUGCCCUGGUUUACCGACUGUUUUUUUUUAUCAAAUCAAUACUUUUCUGUAUUGCAGUUUCUUUUCAUAGUCAUACACAGCCCUGCCUAAACAAUGUGAAACAGUCUUCUGUUGGUUUUUCAAAAUCUGCAUUGACACUAUAAAAAAGCUCCAGCUACAUCUGUGACUGUGCAGGUAUGGAUGUGAAGCUGACGUCUGCAAGCGUCUUGUUUUACACCACCUGAAAAACAAAUCUUAAAUAAAAUAAGAAAUUUUA